AUGCCCAGGAAACGAAAAACCCGCGCCACCGAAGCUCUCGAGGAGCCCGAAGUCGUGCCGCAAACCGAGCCUGAGCCCGAACAGCGCCAAGCAGACGAAACCAUGGAAGUCGAAGACCAGGGAGCGGGAGACGAAGCCGUGAAGGAGGAGGAAGAAGCAGAAGAAGAGCCGGAAGAAGCAGAAGAAGAAGAGCCGGAAGAAGAGAGAGACGGCAAAGAGGAACAGCCGGACAACAUCCAGAAGAAUGAAAACGAAGCCAUCGCCGACCAGGCGAGUGAUGAGCAAGCGACUGAAAUUACUGAGAAGCCUUCUGAUGUCUCGGAGAAUGGCCAGGGACAGAAGGAAGAAGAGAAGGAGGAGGAGGAUGAAUUGGAGGAAGAGCCGCUCGAGAAGCUUCUCGAACCUUUCUCAAAGGACCAACUGACUCUUCUGAUCAAAGAGGCGGUGGCCAAACACCCGGAUGUAAUUGAGAGCGUGAACAGAUUGGCCGACGCAGACCCCUCCCACUGCAAGAUAUUUGUUCACGGGCUCGGCUGGGAGGCCAGUGCUGAGACCAUCACCUCUGCCUUUGCCCAGUAUGGCGAGAUCGAGGACUGUAAGGUGGUCAAGGACAAAAUCUCCGGGAAAUCAAAGGGCUAUGGCUUCAUCCUGUUCAAGCACCGUCAUGGGGCCCGCCGCGCCCUGAAGCAGCCUCAGAAGGUGAUUGAUGGUCGGCUGACUUCAUGCCAGCUGGCGUCAGCUGGGGCCGUUCCUGGUCCAGCUGCUGUGGCUGCUGCCUCGGGUCCGCCUGCCUCUGAGUACACUCAGCGGAAGAUCUACGUGAGUAACGUGUCAGCCGAGCUUGAUCCCAAUAAGCUUCUGGAAUUCUUCUCCAAAUUUGGGGAGAUUGAAGAAGGGCCUCUGGGUUUGGAUAAACACACAGGGAAACCCAGAGGUUUCUGCCUUUUUGUGUAUAAGAACCUGGAGAGCGCACGAAAGGCUCUGGAGGAGCCACACAAGACUUUUGAGGGGCAGACUCUUCACUGCCAGAGAGCGGUGGAUGGCCCCAAGCACAGUAAGGGUAACGUCAACCAGCAGUUUGGUCAGCCUUAUAAGCAGCAGCAACAUCACCAAGGCCACCAUCAGGGGUAUUAUGGUCAUCAGGCGAAGAAGGGGAAAUAUGGUGGGGGCAGUGGUAUGAGCCAUACGGGGGGACACUUGAUGGCGCCCAGUGGAGGACCUGGUGUUCCAGCCGCUGGCUUUAAUCAAGUGGUUGCCCCUGAGGCUAUUGGACAGGCUGUAGCAGCUUUGUUGGCCACUCAGGGAGCAGGCUUAGGUAUUGGAAACUUGCUUGGAGGGAUUGGAGCUGGGGUCAAUCCACAGGGGGCCCCACCACCUAUGAUGAACAAUGUGGGUUACGGAGGUCAGGCUAGUGCUGGUGGCUAUGGAGGUCAGCCUGGUAUUCAGGGAGGUUAUGGUGGCCAGCAGCAGAUGGGUCAAGGUGGUUAUAGGCCACAUCAGGGUGGAGCACCCUACAUGGGCCACGAUGCUACUGAGAAGAAGUGGAAUGACGAUUUGGUUGCUCUCUAUCAAUUCUUCAAAAAUGCUUCAAAACUUUUAGAUUGGACUCUGCUGAUUCUUCUGAAGUCGGGCAAACUUGCAAAUGAAGUCUGUGUUCCCAUGUAGCAAACUUAUGAUUUCCAUAAAGACUAGAAUUUAUGAAAAAAUGUAUGACUUUUCUAUUUAAUUUCCUGUUGAACAAUUUCCAAAAUGAUGUCGUAUUUUGGGCCAGUAACAACUUUUUGAGGGGUUGAUUCUUGGUUCAUGCUACUUCUUGUCUUUCUUAAGGAUGUGAAACAAUGCCAAUUAUCUUUCUUUUGUGCAACUUUUCUAAGUAUUGAAUUGAUGUUUUUCAUCUCUUUGCUUAUAUUAAAAUGUAGCCUUUAACUUAAUGUUAUACUCAUGUUAUAGUGAUUUGAAUAAUCCAUCGUUUGAAUAACCCCUUAUAUGUAUGCAACUUAUUCUAGGGGUUGAACUUUGAAGCCUUACAUUUUUCUUUAUUUUCUUUCUUUUUUUUUUCCUUUUGCCCCAAGUGUGUUGAAUUGGGCUGGGCAGAUAAGAUUUCUCAGUUGAUUGUUGACUAACUUACGUCAUAGUUUGAUGUUGUACCAGCUCUUUGCAGGAACGCAUAGUGCACGAUAGCUCUUAACACAUCAGAGUCGCUGCCACUUCUUUGCUUUAAAUGUUUGUUAUCCAUCAAUCCAAAAACUGCAUCUCAGUUGCAAUAUACUAAGUUAAAAAGUUUUCUAUUUCAACAAACAUAUUGCUUCACAUAUUUGAAAUUGAUGAUAUUCAAUCAUAACUUGCAUUUCUACCAAAAGUUUUGUUGCUAAGGUUAAAAAGAUCUUAGCAAAAUGAAAU